CCGCCGCUGCCGCCGGGCUUGCUGGAGGAGCUGCGGCAGCGGCGGCGCGACGUGCGGCGCUUGGCGGCGGGCGGCGGCGGGGCGGCGGCGGGCGCGCUGGGCUGCGACGCCCUGCGGCGGGUGUCGGGCGCCAGCGUGGUGGGCUGGGGCUUCAGCAAGGUGGUGCUGCGGGCGGCGCUGGCGGGCGGCGGCGCGCUCGCCCUCAAGUCGGUGCACGGCGCGGGCCGCGAGGUGCGGCAGUGCGUGCAGCGCUACGCGGCCCCCGCCGGCUGCUACCGCCUGGCCGCCUACAAGCUGCUCAAGGAGGUGGCGCUGCUGCAGCGCCUGCGGCACCCCGGCAUCGUGCAGCUGCAUGGUCAAUGCUAUGAUAACAGCGGAGAUCCUGAAGUAAGGGUCACAGCUAUGCUGGAGCUGGGAUCCCCCCUGGAGAUGAUUCAGCUUCUGCAGACCCCCUGGGAGGAGAGAUUUAAAAUUUGCCUGAGUCUUGUGAAACUGCUGUUUUACUUGGCACAUUCCCCCCUGGGUUCAAUAGUCCUCUUGGAUUUCCAGCCAAGGCAGUUUGUUAUGGUGGAUGGAAAUCUAAAAGUGACAGACCUGGAUGACGCCAGCACCGAGGAGCUGUCAUGCAAGGAAGAUAAUGACUGCACACUGGACUUCCCUACGAGAAGCUUUCCUCUCAAAUGCUCUACAGCUGGGAAGUGUGAAGGGAUGAAUGAAAAGAAGAAUCUUUUCAAUGCAUAUCGGUAUUUUUUCACCUAUCUUCUGCCACACUCUGCACCUCCACCUUUACAGCCCUUUUUAAGUGAUAUUCUGAAUGCAACAGGUGAUUUACGAUAUGGAAUAAAUGAAACCCUGGAAGCUUUUGAAAAGGUUUUACAUCUGUACAAGUCUGGGCUCUAUCUACAGAAAAGACCUCUUCUUUUAAAAGAAUACAUCUCCCUGAAGGGCUUCCGAACUGUGGAAGUAGAAGACUAUAAAUGCUGGCCCUCCUACAGCCACCUGCGAUGCCUGCUGUCUGUCCAUGGUGCCGAGGAAGCUGCUGCAAUUUGCAACUCCCAGUCCCAAUGUCAGAGUUUUAUUGUCACUCAGCAGAGGACAUGGACAGGACGCCCGCUCGCCUCAUUUCAGAGCAGUCCAACUGAUUUAGUACCGGAUGUUAAUGCUGUAGUCUAUAUUAAACGAUCAACUUCCUCAGAGGAAAGACUUUAAAGACAUGAGAUCACAUAAAAAAAUCCUGGGAGGAACAAACCAUUGGGGAGAAUUUCAGCUACUGAAAAGAAUGACAUCUUUUAUUAUGCCUUAGGAUGUGAUCUUGCCAGCUCAGAUUGAGUCAAAUGCUGCUGUCUCCUUGAUCAAAGCUCAGAUUUCUCAUUGCGGGAUGGUCCCUUCUCCACAACCCUGCUAGCUUGUUUAUCUGUUCCUGCAGUCCGUUGUUCCUCAUAAAGGCGCCAAAUUUUAGUCCAAUGUUACUAGAAUGUGCAGUACCUAGCCUUGCUGUUUCAGCUACCAACUUGACAGCCAAGAAAUAGAAAUAAUUGCAAGUGACCUGGCUGGAGUAGGCCUAAUUAAUUCAGCAGUCUCUGAAAGCCUAAUGAAUAAUGCACUUUGGAGAAUGCAGUGGCUCCUCCUGCAGCCACCAACAAGGAUUUCAUGACAUUGCAACUGUAAAGGUCUAGAUUUCAGUGGUAGGGCCGAGAUUGCAUGGUUGAUAUCCAUAACCAGAGGAUGAUGAUGGGAGAGGUCUUCAAAGGAGGGUUUUGGUUCAGUUCCUUCCAGGGCAGGGAAGGAAGGUAUGUACAGAUCAACUCUGGAACCAUAUAUAGAACAUUUGUGUGCAGGAUUUGGGUUUUACCUAUGUGGUUUGUAAUGCCAGCUCCCACAUAUCAACCUUGAAGGUUUUUCUCUGUUACUUUCCAUGAAAGAGUGAGACAUUCAAAUUAUUUAUGUAUAAAGUGUUACUCUGUAUGGUAAAGAAUGACUAUGUUUUUUCUAGGCAUGGUAUGAAAAGCUUUUUUGGUUGUUUUUUAAUCGUCUAUGUCUUUAUUGCAACCAAAUGAAAAAAGUGUUCUUCACUUCUGCUCACCUAGCAGCAUUACCUACUGCUGAGGAUGACCUCAGGGCAUGCUGCUUGGCAGUGCCUGAAUGUGCCCAAGUCCCUUGGGCUCUUAGAUCCUGGAGAAUACUAUCUGGCUGUGCUUGCAGGCUCACAGGUAUAGAAGAGAAGUCUGGUCUGAAGAAUCUCUUGGAUCUGCCCUUCGCUCACUGUAGAUAGAUGUAGCCUCUGAAAAAUAGGUGGGUGUUACUGUAUUUUCAGGCUGUGAGAGAUGGCAACAUAAUGUGCCACUGCUAAGAGUGUCUGAAAACACUGGUUGUAGAGUUUUUUGCUAUCUUUUUUGUAACACGUUCAGAAAAGCCCUACUCAAUGCCAGCCUCACUCCUCUGCAAGGGAAGGUCCCUAGCAAAGCCCUGCUGAGGAGAUCAAUGCUGCAGCCUGUGUGUAUGCAGUUCUGGUUUCCUCUGAGCUUGCACCUCUAUGCAGAAAUGACUGCUCUUGGGACAUUGCCAUUGACUCGCUGGAGCCUCAUGUGUGGGUAUUUACAGGUCUCUGUAGCAGCCUGGGUACCCCCAGACUGAUGCCUGAGCUCUUGCCCUGGGUUGUGCUCUGCUUUUUGCAGUCUGUCCUGCGUUUCCUAAUGCAGGUGCUCACCUUUCAGCUCGUUAGGGCUCUGUUAACCCACAGCAAUGCCAUUGCAGGGGGGCUUUCUCAUGCAGUAUAAACCCUGCUGCUCGCACUGAGGCUAAGCUACCCUGAGAGGGAUAUCAAUUAAUGAGGACUCCUCAUUAGCACAACAAGAAGGCUCUUCUUACCGUGAUGGCCGCUUUGCUGCAGGCUUUGUGAAGGCAAUGCUGUGCGAAUGGGCAGCCAUAGACAGUUCUCCCUCACCCUGGGUCCUGUGGAGGUCGAAAGAAAGGCCUGGCCAGGGGUCCUCUGUUUUUUUGCACUGAGCCCACUGAGCAAGGCUUCAGCCAUCUGCUAUGUGGAGCUUCACGUCAGCAAGCAGUAACCAGUUUAUUCCACAUCUCUCAACCUUACAAGACACAAAUCAGAACUAUAUCCCCCAAUGGAAGGGCGAGCCUGGGGUCGCUUCAGAGAGGAAGAGAUAGACUGUGAAAACUCAAAGGUUAAAGUGAUUCUGAUUUGUGUUAGAUUUUCCCGUCCUAAAAAUCUCUGCUGGUAAGAAGGGAAGGCCAAGGCUCUGCGAACACUGUAUUUUAGUCAUGACACACUCCUUUCAUCUUGAAGAUUUUCCCGUAAAACUUUCAUCGUAUUAUUUAUUUUCUGCACAUCAGAGUCAGGUCCAGCUCGUCAGCAGAUAGGGCAGGGUACAGCGCUGUUGUUUGUAUAAAAUCAGGUUCCAGUCUCAGACCUAGAGUUGUUGGAUUCUGUGAACAGAGAUCAUAUCAUCCUGUCUUGGAAAGUUUUGAGCACACAGUGCUUAACCAAUAAUAAAAAAUAUUAAUAAAAAGAGAACUUAAGCUUCAAAGAA